AACACUUCCCCUGUUCCCUUUGAGGAGGCUGUAGCUGGCAGGAUCCCUGACAUUUGUGUCGCACUCUGGCUGCCUGCUGUCUCGAGCCAUGGCUGCACAGCUGGUUGUAGCACUGCUGGCUCUCACCUCCCUGGGUGCUGCAUCUGAACCGGACUGUAAAGAGCUGGUUAAGCCCCUGGUACUGGACAGCCACAGCCCCAUCUAUGGGAAGUGGGUGCUUCAUGUGGGGUCAUGGGACCAGACCGGUCUGAAGGAUGACUUGCUGUCGGUGAACAGCUCCUGGGUGGAGCUGUCAGCUUCCUCAGACAGCGGAGUCAUCACCAUCUACUGGGCCGACCGCCUAAAUGAUGAUAAAUGCCUUCAGGGUUUAGCCAAUGCCACCAUCUCAGGAAUGACCAGCCAUACCACUUUUAACAUCCAUGGUCACACUUCAUAUCAUGAUGGGAAAUACUAUGAGACCUGUGCCGAAUGCCUCCUGUCCGAAGACACCACCCUCCUCCCUGACGGCAAGUCAAAGGGACGAUAUCUUUUUCUUUUUACACGGACAGGCAACCUGGAGCCAUCUGAGUUAGAGACCUUCAAGAAGCAGGCGGAAUGUCUUAAAUUCAUCCCAGAGUACCACUUUGGGGGCAUGGAUCUGUGUCCAGACGACAGGGUAACUUCUGCACCUGCUGUUGAGAAUACAGAGAGCAAUCAAACUGAUGCUCAGCCUCCCGCAAAGUAAAGUGGAGCACAGAAGUGUCACAGCCCUGUGAACAGCCUCCAAAUAUUCAAGCAAACCCAGCUUAACAUGUACUAAAUAGUAUUGUAAUGUGAUCUACUUGUGCACCGAUGUAGUCUUGUGUUUUUUUUUUUUUCAUUUGUCGUUUGUUGGUUUCAGCAACAGGUCUGUAGUUUAGCUUAAUGAAUCCACUUAAAUGUCUCCUUUAAUGCCACUAUUUCCCACUGGUUGUGUGUGGUAAAUAAAAACACUUCUUAGUCUCCCUCUG